AUGCCUCCACGUGCAUCGGCACCAUCGAAGCGGUCGGCACCAUCGAAGCGGUCGGCUCAGGUUAUUGACCUGACUGGCGAUGAUGUGGAAAAUGGCCACACUGCGAGACCAAAGAAAACGGCCAGAACAGCGAGUUCAGGAUAUGCAUCAGGACUGCCUACCCCCCAAAGUACAGCUCCAUCUUCAUCUCAGUCUUCAGCUCACGGAGGUCAACGCCGAGCUGCAGUCGGAAGCUCAUCGUUCGCUGCACCGACAAGCCAGUAUGGCGUGUCUGAUGAUGAUGAGGCCGAUGAGCUCGUCGACUUGGUGCCCUUUGAUCCAACCCAGGACUAUUCUACUGCAUCAUUCAUCCUCUAUGGAUCGCUUCAAACGAAGAUCGUCGGGUGUCGAUACUAUACUGGAGUGACGACUCUAGGCGAGAUGACCCUUCUCCGACGAGAGCCGGGGAACCAGUAUGACCGAAACGCCAUCGCGGCCCGGAAUAUGGAGGGCGAACAGAUUGGACACAUCCCUCGAGACAUGGCGGCAGCGAUCGCCAAGUACAUGGACGAUCGAUCCCUCCAGGUAGAAGCGCAAAUUAAAGGGAGGAAAGGUUACUACGAGUGCCCUAUUCUGCUGGAGUUUUAUGGGCCAAACGACCCUGAGAAGAGCGCGGCGAUUACUGCGCGGAUGAGACGUGAUGGGCUUCCGGUUGGGAACUUCGAAGAGUUCCACAGGACCAAGAAGGCACUCGAAAAAGCGGCUGCGAAGCAGGCUACUGACCGGGCACGCGUGGCUGCGAUGAAUGGAGACUCGAGUCUACCUGUCGGUGGUUCUUUCCAAGUCCCAACUGCUGCUCCCACUCUGGCCUCAAUUAUGGAAGAAAGUGAGAAAUACAGUGCAAGAGGCAUUGAUGAAGUUGUGAAGACAUUUGGAGUCGGCACCGAUGAUCUUGAGAAUAUGCCCAUGGCGGAGCAGCCAGCUGAAAUCGCCACAAAAAUGCUGCCAUACCAGCUACAGGGUCUCCAAUGGCUGCUCGACAAGGAAAGUCCGAAACUACCGCCAAAUACAGACGACGUGGUUCAACUCUGGAGGAAGCAUCCAACUCAACCGGGCAUGUUUUUAAACAUUGCCACGACAUUCGCAGUGAAAACCCCCGGCCUCAUGAGUGGUGGCAUUCUGGCUGAUGACAUGGGACUUGGGAAAACUUUGCAAAUCAUUUCUCUGAUCAUGUCAGACCCGCAGCGGAUAAACUCCCCAUCCAAGUCCGCCGGGCCGACACUCAUAUUGUCGCCUCUGAGCGUAAUGAGCAACUGGACCGGACAGAUCAAACACCAUGUAAAGGAAGAUUCCGCUCUGCGUGUGCUGACUUAUCACGGAACGAACAGAAAGGUUCUUCUGAACUCUAAGACGAUUGAGGACUAUGAUGUCGUCAUCACGACUUACGAGACUGUCAUGUCGGAAUAUUGGUCCUCACAGGAGAAUGUACCGCGUGUGAAAGGACUUUACGCUAUCAAUUGGAGGCGUAUCGUUCUUGAUGAAGGGCAUAACAUCCGCAACCCUCAAGCGAAGCGUGCUGUGGCAGCUUGUGCGCUUAUUGCGCAGUCGCGAUGGGUCUGCACCGGCACGCCAGUGAUCAACAGCUUGAAAGAUUUGUAUUCCAUCAUCAAGUUCUUACGCUUGUCAGGCGGCCUCGACCAGUUCGAAGCCUUCAAUGGUAGGAUCAUACGUCCAGUCAAUGCCGGUGAUGGGGUCGGAUAUCGUCUACUCCAAUCAUUGAUGCGGAGCAUCUGUUUGCGCCGCAACAAAGAGAUGAAAUUUGUCGAUCUGCGAAUUCCUGAGCUCACGGAAUACGUUCACAAGAUCCAGCUCUCCGAUCACGAGAAAACCAAAUAUGAUGGCCUAGCCUCUGAGGCCAGUGGGGCAUGGAAGGAAUUCGAGAACACAUCUGGACAAGAGGCUGCAAACGCAUACCGCCAUGUCCUCGAGGUUCUCCUCCGCCUUCGACAGGUCUGCAACCACUGGAGGCUUUGCGGCGACAGGAGAAUCAAGGACAUCCUUGACAAGAUUGAGAAAGACAAGACGGUCGAACUGACAUCGGAAAACUGUGGUGCGCUGCGCAAAAUGCUACAGUUGAGCAUCGAGUCCCAAGAGGACUGCCCUAUUUGCCUCGACACGCUUAAAGAGCCCAUCAUCACAGCCUGCUCUCACAUUUACUGCUACGCUUGCAUCGAGCGCGUCAUCGACACGCAGCACAAAUGCCCACUCUGUCGUGCUGAUAUUCAGUCUCCCCAACACGUUGUUCGCGCGGCCAAAGACGAGUCGCUCGAUUCGACGCCCACUACUUUUGAUGAGGAUGAGUCGAGCAGUAAGAUUGAAGCACUUCUCUCCAUUCUCGAAGCCACACGGGUACGGCCAGGCGAGCCAACUAAGACCGUGGUGUUUAGUCAAUGGACCUCAUUCCUCAACCUUCUGGAGCCACACCUUCAGAAACGAAAUAUCAAAUUCUGCCGCAUCGAUGGCACCAUGUCUUCGACGCUUCGCGACAACGCGCUGGAGCGGCUCGCAUCCGAUCCAGAGUGCACGAUUAUGCUCGCGUCGCUAGCCGUCUGCUCGGUUGGGCUGAACCUCGUGGCAGCCUCUCAAGUCAUCUUGGCGGAUUCUUGGUGGGCGCCAGCGAUCGAAGACCAAGCGGUUGAUCGUGUGCACCGGCUGGGCCAGAAGCGGGAGACCACCGUCUGGAGGUUGGUGACAGAAGGGACGGUUGAAGAGAAGGUGUUACAGAUCCAAGCAAAUAAACGGGAGUUGAUGAGAUUGGCGGUGGCCGAAAAGGAGGGGAAGAAGAAGAAAGGAGGCAGGACGGCACGGUUGCAGGAUAUUCAGAUGCUGUUGGGGACACAGCAGGCGUAG